UGGGCUCGUAUACACCGCAGAAAUCUCUUGCUCUCGAAAUCCCAAGCUACCCCGAAUAUUUGCGGUCCUCAAUUCCUGCGUUAUGCUUGCUCUCCUGCCAGACCACAUUGCGGAUCCUCAAGCAAGGGAAGGGCUAUGAAUAUUGAAGCAUUCCCCGCGGAGCCAUCCCGGCCCAUCCACAUUGAUCUCCGUCACUGUCGGCGGCAGUUCGACGUAAUUAUGUGUAUGCAGAAGACAAUCACUGGAGUACGGAAUCCUCAAGAAGUCAAUUUCGAUUUGACAUAUGAUAAACGGAUUCGCAGCCAGCGACAGGUGCUCAGUGUUGCGUCGAACGUUGAACACACGACCGACGCGGGACUCACGCUGCGGCGUCGAAGCUAUGGCUCGUGCGAUCGUAGAAGCGAAAUGAUCCGAAAGAUCAGUCCUCCUUUUCUUGACUCCCACUCCAGGUUCUCAGUGCUACUUCGUUUGUCCACCGUCGUACGGGCUUUCGCGGUCAUCCUUCACCAAAAUAACACUUCGCGAGGGGGCCCAACACCCCAUCCGUUUGGCCAUUCGCUUGCCAGUGAACUCGACAUCAACCUCCCAUCCUCACCGUCUCGAAUGGAGCUUCCCUUCGCCAUUGUUGUGCAUCAUCGAGACCGCGCUUUCUAUGUGGAAGAUUCUCUCCUUGAACGCUGCUGUCGACUCUUCAGGAAUUGGGCAGUCGACGUCGAGAGCAGCUAUGUGUUCCGACAGCAAAUGCUACUGCUGAUGCGUCGGUGAUAGAUGACUGUCCGCCUUGAACAUCUACGCAUUGACAGAUACCUACUAGGACAACACUAUACACCCGUAGAGGAUGAAUUGAAAAAA